AUGAUUCACCAUGAAGUUUUGGUGUCAAAAUCUCUACCUGAUGGUCUCCUGAAGUGGAUGGACAACAUUGUUAAAGUGGUGAAUUACAUAAAGUCGCAUUCCCUAUUGCGCAGAGUUUUUGCAGCCCUAUGUGAAACUAUGGAUUCUGAUUUUAAGUGUAUACUGCUUCAUACAGAAGUGUGUUGGCUAUCAAAAGGAAAAGUGCUCUCUCGAUUUAUUAACAAUGAUAAUUGGUGGCUGGAUCUUUUUGAAAAGUUGAACGUUUCAAAUUUGUCUCUGCAAAAAGUGAACGAAAAUAUUAUUACAAUUACAGGCAAAUUAAAGUUUUUCACCAGCAAGUUAGAACUGUGGCUCAGGAAAGUUAAAAACUCACAGCUUGAUUGCUUUCCAGGCGUAGAGACUUUUCCAAACAAAUUGAAAAUUUUGUCAGAAGUGCAGAAGACAGUUAUUGCAAUCAUUGCUGUUGCUUAUCUACAAUCAGCUCUUAUGAAACAGAUACAAUCAAAGACUAAAGACAUUCAAAAAGCUUUUGCUGUUGAUGAUACCAAAGUGAACAAUCUUAUGAUUAAAGCCAAUGAAGAUAUUUUCAAUGCCCAUGCAGGUUACUACAACCAGGGCCUCAAAAUAAGCUACUUCUUGGAUAAAAUCUGCUACAUGCACAAUAGUAUCUUCAAGAAUAAAACAGCACACCUCUUCCCAGGUUAUAUGACUAUGGUUAUAUGA